AUGUCUUCUUUUUUGAGAUAUUUCGAUCAACAUUUGUAUGAAUUCAAUGCGGCCGACAUUGUGGAGGGAUUCUAUGACGCUUUUCUCAUGCAGAAAAGGUGAUUUUCAAAUAGAUUUGAGAGAAAAAACGUGGACUUUCAAGCUUCAUCAGCGUCACCAACAAGAUCACUAUAGGCACGGCCAUAUUCAACGUAUUUUUGUCGAGUUUGACAAUUUUCAUAGUCGCUAAAAAUUCUGGAAAAAUGCUCAGCGCCUUGCGAGCUCUGAUUAUUGCCCAAAUCGUAGUGGCUUUAUUAGUUUGUCUAUCGCUUCCGAUAACGGGACUUUACUGUGUAUUACCAAUUCCCAUUCUAUUCAGCCAUCAUCCAGGCCUUUUCCCUUUCCAUCAGACGACUUAUUUCGUUUACAUUUUCCUCAAUUUCACAUUAUUCCUCGCCGUUGUCCUCUGUACCCGCACCGCUAUUCGGAACGCCUUGGUCGCUUGUCACGUUCAGUUUUUCGAAUGGAGUCAUGAAAUCACUAUAACCUUUAUCGAAAAUAUCUAUACGGGUGUUGUUCUUGGUGGUACUUUCAUGAACAUUUACCCGACGAUGAAUGUCGUCGAAUGGGAUCAGGAAUCGAUGUGGACAGCGGCUUUUCAAACUGAUCCAAGAAUUAAGGACUUUUUCAUCGACUACAAACCCUUUUUCGUUUGCUACAAGAAAUGGGUCGCUCUUAUUUUUGGCGAAGUUGUCGCUUUUUCCGUUUGUUUGGUCCUCGGACUUCUAUUCCUCGCUCACAUGUGAGAGAUAAUUUAUUAAAACUUUUUUCGGCCUAAAACGGUUGUAUGUCGCGACGCUUUUCGCUAUAGUUUUCUUAGACAUAAUUGAUUGAUUCAAAUCGAAUACUUUCCAAAAAAGAUCGAUUGGAAUAUUAAUUUACUGAAUGAAAAAUAUUUCUGCCAAAACUUCUACUAAUGAAAUACUUUUUGAAAAAAAAUUGGGAUUUGAUGAAGAUCUUAGUGAGCAGACAUGGGUUAACCAUUUUUGAAGGCCGCCGGCCCGUCCUCCGGAAUUUUCCUGUGCUAAAGCUAAUAUUACCUCCCUAUGGCUAGAACUUUUACUAUUAAGACCGAAACUACAUCCCCGAGGUUGAAACUUAAUUUUAUUCCUAAUUUUCCAAAAUUCUGGUAAGCCAACCCCUUCUCCCGGGCUGAAUGAGUUCUGUUCCUGCCCAUCUAUGUCAUUGAGUCAUUCUUCGAAGAAAUUUUACAGGACCACGACUUCAAAAAUCACUAGAUCUCCUACAUUGCAACGUAUCCAACGCCGUAUUUUUAUCAUGGAACUUGGAACCAUUAUCGCUUUUGUAGUUUUGGUUUUUCUACCCCUAUUUCUGGCGGCCUAUUUCAGUAUUUCUGGACCUCGAGAGCUUUUAAAGUUGUUUCGUCUUUCAAAAUGUCUCAUCCUCUGAUCAUAUUCAGAGUUCCAUUUUCGCUCUUCAUCUUGAUGCCUGUUCAAGCUGUAUGUUUUGUAGUUUGCGCCAUGAACUUGACGCUGAUCACACCUUAUCAAACGGCGUUUGUGGCUAUGGUGAAGCGACUCCGGGGAAUGAAAACGGAGGAGACUUCCAGGAAAAGUUUAAAGUCGAGAACCACGGCUAUUUGAGUAUUUGCGCGGACUUCUUUUUUUUCACAAAAAUAGUUGAAUAAAUUGUUUUUUUAAUCAUUUUUUUUUACUGAAACGAAGAUUCUGUUAUUUUCCGUGGCUAUUCUUCUGAAGAUUUUCCAAAAUACUUGCGUGCCCGACCUCAUCUGAGGCCUGUGUGGGAAUGCUAGGGAGCGUUAGAGCAGGCUUUUUUUUUACCAAGUCGUAUUCGAGCCAUUCCGUCCGUUUGGCUUAUAAAACAUCUAUUUAGGCGUCUGCUCUCAGAAAUUCGAAGAAAUGAAUAGUGAAUCUGUUAUCAAGUUGUUUACUACGCAAUUUUUGCAUUGGAAAACGGGUAAUCUUAUCCAGAUGACUUUUUCUUCUGAAUUUUCAGUUUUAGCGGUUCUUUGCGUUAUACUCGUUUUGUUAUAUAUUUUCCCUUGAAGCUAGAAAUGUGAAAGAUUACAAAUUUGUCUUUAGAUUUUUGUUCCGAUUAGUCAAGUUUUUCUCGACAUUAUCUUCAGCCAAACCGAACGACAUUUUUUGAAAUUCCGCAGCUGAACAUUCGACGGCUGCUCAGCUUCUUGUGAGCAGGUGAAAAACUUGUUUAGUGCCAAGAAAGGAGAAACUGCUUUUAUUUAUCUGCUUUUUCCUGUGAUGUCAGCCUUUUCGGACUUUUUGGACUUUUUGGAUGAACCAAUUCAUUCUUUUGAUGUGGCCACUGUUGUCGAAGGAUUUUAUGAAGCUUUCCAAAUGCAGAAAAGGUUUUUUUACAGUUUGAACCACAUUUUGAAAUUUCUUAUUUCAAAAAACCUAAAAUACAGCUUUCCUUAUUCGAAAGUUUUGAGAAGUACUAAAAAGCUUUUUAUUUCAUUUUUAUUUAACCAGUUAAUCAUUUUGAGCAAAUUUGAGUUCGAAAAAAAAGGAGCAGGUUUAAGUGACGAGAUGAAGAGGUUAACAGAGUCUUUUUGCGUCUCUGACGUCUCUUUGGCCUGCGAUUUAUCUCUUUCUCGUCUUUUGAAAGUAUUUUCAGCUUUUUAAACAUUCAACUUGAAAUGCCGUCAUGCUUGCCAAAAUUAUGAUUUAUUCAAAUUCAUAAAACUCGUCCCUCUCCUGCAAAACUUUAUGGAACAUAGAAGUUCAGAUAAAUCAGAUAAUCAUAAGCCUCGAUUUCGAAUGAGUAGAAAAUAGUUCAAAUUCUCAACAAAUUUUCGUUAUCUUUGAGCUUCUUCCUCUGUUAAAGUUCAGAUUCCAGUUAUAUCGCAGUAACCAACUACGUCAGCUUGGCUGUCGCCAUUUUCAAUGUCACCGUGGCUAGCUUCACUAUUUAUAUCAUUGCCAACUACUCGGGAAAGAUGCUAAGUACUUUCCGAGUCUUGAUUAUUGUCCAAAUCACGGCGACUCUACUACUCUGUUUGUUGCUCCCAGCUUUCGGUCUCUACACUGUCCUGCCGAUUCCGAUCCUAUUCAGCAGCCAUCCGCGUCUUUUUCCCUCCUAUCAAUGGACUUAUCUGGCUAAUCUAUUGCAGUACGGCUUGCUUUUCUCGAUCGUGACUAUCGGCGGACGGGCCAUAAUUAGGAGCGCAUUCAUCUCGAGUCACGUCAAAUUCUUCAACUGGAGCCAUGAGAAAACGCUGAGGUUCGUAGAGUCGAUCAACACUUGGAUUUUGGUCUUGGGCUUUCUGCUGAACAUUUAUCCGGCGCUGAACAUUGUCGUGUUCGAGCAGGAUGAAUGGUGGGCGGCCGCUUUUCGAGUUGAUCCAAGGCUUGUCGAAUUCGGCGAAGAAUACCGGCCGUUUUUCGUCUGUUACCGCAGAUGGGCUUUCGUCAUAUUGUUCCAACUCCUCGUUGGAUGUCUUGUCGUCCUUUUCAAUUAUAUCUUUCUUGCCAGAGUGUGAGUGAGAUUCUAAAUUUCACGUUAUAAGUAUAUUCACGACGGUUUGGAGCAUUAUCAGUGUCUGCGCUCUCUAGUCUUCAUUUUGAGAAAAAGACAUUGACAAGUUGAGCGAGCAGACACGCUGAUGAAGCGGAAAUUUUUGGUAGAAAUCAGAACCUCAUCAAUCCUUGAAGAGCUAGUAAAUUUUUGUAAAAAUGGUGCUGGCACAAAGGGCAAAAAAUUGUGUAGAAAUCAGAAAUUUACAGACACUUCACGAUAGAUUUUAGCUCAUUCGUGCUCUGAAUCAACAGUAUAUCAGAUAAAGAUAAUAAUAAUAAAAAUGAGAUUGAUAGCUUUCAGAAACGAUGUUUAUAAGAUUUUUUUCAUCGUGGUUUUUUUAUUACUACUUUUUUUUAAGCGGAUUUCAAAGCUUGAAAGUCUGAUAGAAUCAAAUGAAUCUCGAAAUUCCCGUUUCUGAGACUCGGAAGGAAUGGAGGCAUAGAAACUGCUUCGGAGAUUGAACCGCGAUUUAAAGUUCCACGGUUGGGUCCAAAAAGGUCAGAAAGUUGUCUGGAAGAUGAGAAAGAGAUGGAUCAUUAAAAUAUAAGAUCUUCAUAAUUUUCAAAAAAAAUGUUAUGAACUUGAAGAUCUUCUCUUCCCCUAUAUCUUAUCAUAAGUUUGCCAUCAGAAAUUUCUAUUUUACUGUAAAUCUUUCAUUUUUUCAUAAUAUUUUGCUACUAAUUUUCAGGAAGUAGUACAAAACUGAAAUCUCGAUAUUUCAAAAAUUAAUCCAAAAACAUAAUUUCAAAAAUUGCAGAACAAUGAAUUCCUUGGUGACCAUGUCGAAAAAGUUGAAGCGCAUUCAAAAACGUAUGCUUCUCAUGGAGGUCGCUUCUUUUGUGGCUUUUGGCACUUUUGUUGUUAUUCCACUGUUUUUGACGGGAUAUUUCAGUAUCAUGGGCUCCAGAGAUCUGUUGCGGUUAGUUCUGAAAACUUCCAGAAAAAAAAAAUGAUAAAAAAGAAAAUGGUCAUUUGGUCCCAUCUUUGUAUUUUCCAACGGUUUUUCAUAGCAUCAAAAUUUUUAUUUUGUUUUUUCCUCGAAACACUGAACUUUUCAGCAUUCCGUUGACACUAAUGCUGUUGGCACCUAUCCAAAUGUUAUGCUCUAUAUCGUGUAUCAUAAACGUGGCUUUGAUCACCCCUUAUAAGGAGGCUUUUCUUGAAAUGGUACGAAAAAUCAUUUUAUUGCGACCGCCGGCUGUUUCAGCAACCAUGAUAGCGAAUAGAUCAGUCUUUUUUUGAAAUAAAUAUUCACCGAUAUCACUUCAAAAAAAGGUUGAAAUGAAUCCAGCCGAAGCUGCAACCGACCUGAAAAGAUUUGCGCGCAGGAUCAUUGUAAAGUCAUUGUCAAGGUGGCUAUAGACAACCGCGACUUUGAGUCGUUUUACGUCCGACCAAAGAUUCUCAAAAACGUUGAAUAAAUAUGGGCAAACAUAAGAAAAAUGAAAUAUAUAUAAUUAUAUAACUUCACGUUUUCAAAAAAUCUUAGAUUAAAAAAAAAAAAUUAAAAAAAAAAAUCUUUAUCUGGUUCCAAACUUCUGUCAAAAUGCAGAGUUUAGUGUAAUUUGAAAUUUGACACAGCUACUUUUUAAAAUUUUCACACCUGAUAUGCCUUUGAAGAAUCCUGAGACGAAUAUAGAAAAAGGAAACAAGUAUUCGUAGUAAACCUAAAUUAUUUCCGUUCCGACUUGAAAGGUCGAAGGAAAAAAUGUCCUUUCCGAGUGGUUCCGCUGAAAUCGGGCGCCGGAUCUUUGCAUGGAAAUAUUCGCGACACGUACGCUACAAUUUCUCCUUUCUUGUAUCUUCCCAAGUUUCAAACUAAAUUUCGCUACGGUCGGUUCGGUACCUUUUUAGUUCGAAAAUUUGUUUUUUUUUUAUGGAAUUGUCCAUUUCCAUGAUUUUAUUGCAAGUUGCUAAACUGAAAAUAGUAAUUGUGAGGAAAUACGAGCUGAUAAAGUUCUGUUUUUCUUUAACUUUUACUUAAUAACGCCGUGGCUGCACGUGGAAUGGCUCAAAAUUGAUUAUGUCCCAUACCAUUGCGCGAAAGUCGUUCGAGGUCGGAUGCUUCUGGAAGUCGUGAAGUGUCGAUCCAUCCCACGGGCCAACACGGCUUUUUAAAGUCGGGCGGUGCAUUUUAAAAAAAGAAUUUUUUUGUUUUAAUUCUAUCAAUUUUUCCAUUUUGUUUCAGAUAAAGAAGGUGAAUGAGAAAAACUUCAAGGAAGGUUUUCUCACUUCUAACAAUAACAUUUGCUUUUUGUAAGUUUUUGAAAUUGCGAAAAAGUUCAUUUGGAUCACUCAUUUCAGUGUACUUUAAAAACCAUGAUUUGCUGGAUGUGAACGAGAAAUUGGCAGAAGAGAAAGCGACGCGGAAAUUGAUGAAAAAAGAAGUUGUGUUCAAAAAUGUACAUCAAUCAUAUCGCGUUUUGAUCUCUCCCGACAGCUCUCAGUGUUCCGGGUUUGUUUUUGUAAAUAUCGAUUCGAUUGAGAACUUUGAAGGAGCAUGAGAAUAAGUGGGUAAAAGUCUCGGCGCAAAACGCUUCUUUUCAAUUUGAAAUUUGUUUUUUUGACUUUGUUUAUCUCAUUCCUGGAAUGGUCUUCGGAUGUUCAAAUCUGGAUAUUCAGAAAAAAAAUUUCAUUCUAUUAUUAUUUUCGAAUUAAGUUUCCCUUCAAACUGAUGAAGUUUUUUUUGCACAAUAAAGGAUAAUAGUUUUCUUGCAUGUAUAGCCCAUGGCUGACUUAGCACAGCGAACGGGCGGUUUCACUUUCGCGGCGAUGGUAGAUCAUGGCGGUCAAAUAUGCGCCUUUAAUAAGAGCCUGUGAAUUAUUUCUGUUUCUAUUGAGUUUAUUUUAUGUUUACAUUCAUUUCAUUGAUUUUAGAUUUUCUUAAAUCGACGAAUAAUAAGAGAAAAAAAAUAAGUCAAAAAUGGGGCUUCGAUGAAAGGGGCAUGGAUAGUCGCCAUGAUCUACCGUCGCCACGGAAAUCAAACCGCCCGUUCGCUGUCCCAAGCCAGCCGUGAACGGGUUAUACAUGGACCACGUGGCCAAUUUUUUCAGACUUAAAAUAGAAUAAGAGAAAGUAUCACUGAACGUGCGCUCCGCGGAAAAGCGUGGAAAUGGGAUUUUCGAAAUUUACGAAAAACUGCGAUGUACGGCUAGCUUGCAUUUACGGGCGCUAAGAAAAUCUCCACUCACUAGGCACUCUUUCUUCUUGCAUAGGACCAUUUUUUCGAUGACUCGAGCCAGUCGUGAAUCGGCUAUAAAUCGAGACGUCUUCUAGAUCACAUUCGAAAAGAGCUCUCUUCCUCGAAAGAAACAUUAGUUCUUCCUUCUUCAACCAUAGCAAGGAUUAAAACGUUUUUUUUCUGAGUUUAAAGUUUUUAGAAGGCCAAAAGUUCUGAUCAUUGUCUUAUCAACGGCUGAACAUUUUGAACAACGGCAAGUAAUUCGAAACACUUAUGGGAAUCCGAAACUCUCUAAAUCAGUUGCGGUAAUAAGCUUAGAAAAUACUAAAAGCUUUCUCAUGAAAAUAUUUUUCCAGGAAAAAAAGAUUCUCGUCAAUUUUAUAAUGUCGCGACCGAAAUCUCAUGACCUCAUGCAGAAAUUAAAUAAGGAGAGUGCGAUUUACGAUGAUAUUGUUGUGACUGAUUUGCCUGAACACUAUUUUCUUCUGCAUUUAAAGGUUUUCUUUCGUCCUGGAAAAAAAAGGAGAUUUUUCAGGUCUUUGCUCUGCUGGACUUUUUCCGAGACAAUUGCCCCCAGGCGGAUUUUGUGUUGAAAGUCGACGAAGAUGUCGUAGUCGACGUUGACCGGAUGCUUUAUUUUAUCGAGAGAGAUAUUCACGCGAAUAUUCUCUCGAUAAGUGGAAUCGUUUGGGUUGCAUCAAGUGCUCUACGAGAUCCGACCAAUAAAUGGUUCGAAUGUCGUUCUUUUUUAAUUCACGUGGAAUAGUUCAACGCGUGACGGCCUGACCUAACUCAAAACUACUCGUGCACAUCAGAAGAAAUCAGAACGAGCUUUUGAAGCUCAUCUUCUCAAAGCGACCGCAUCGCUUCGAGCCAUUCCACGUGCAGCCAUGGCUUUUCUAGUCGUUAUUGAAUGAGUCACCAGAUUUUCAGGUACGUCACUAAAGAAGAAUGGCCCGAGUAUUACUAUCCACGUUACUGCGACGGACCUUUUUAUUUGAUUGGUCGGUCGGCGGUCAAACGAUUAUUGCACCAUGCAAAAACGACUCACGCUUUCCGAUUCGAGGUUUUUUUCUUGUGA